UAUUAUGAGUCCUUUAUUAAAAGAGAUUGAAAGAUGCAUUAAAUCAGCAAAUUUAAUAUUUGAAACUGAUGUAGAUUUGGAAAAUAUUAAUGAUGUUUUUGAAAAAAUAGAGAAGGCGAAAUUUUAG